AUAUAAGAUAAGUUAUGCUUGACUUGUACAUUUAAUGUAUGUUUACUAUAAUAUCUCUUAAUAAUUGCAAACAUUAUUUAUGUAUUUAUUAUGUAAAAUAAUGCUAUAAUAUUUUGAUUUUAUAUUAUUUGAUUUUGAUUUUAAAAGUGAAAUUAAUUUAAAAAAAAUAUGUGAUAUACGUUAUUUUUUAUCAUAAAUGUGAAAUAUGAAUUGAAAUAAGUAAAAAUAUAAAAAAUAUUUUUGAAAUAUUUAUAUUUGUUUAAUAAUUUAAUAAAUCAUAUCAUAUAUAUUAAUUACUUUAAUUAUUUAUUUUGUUAAAAAGUAAAAAAAUUAAAUUAAACAUUAUGGAGAAAUCACAGAAAAUGCCAAAAGUUGCAAAGGUUAAAAAUAAAGCACCUGCUGAAAUUCAAAUAACAGCAGAACAACUUUUACGAGAAGCUAAAGAAAGGGAUUUAGAAAUUUUACCACCGCCACCAAAACAAAAGAUCUCUGAUCCUCAUGAAUUAGCUGAUUAUCAGCACAGAAAACGUAAAGCUUUUGAAGAUAAUAUUCGUAAAAAUCGUAUGGUUAUCUCAAAUUGGAUAAAAUAUGCUCAAUGGGAAGAGAGUCAAAAACAAAUACAACGGGCACGAUCUAUAUAUGAACGUGCUUUAGAUGUUGAUCAUAGAAAUAUUACAUUAUGGCUCAAAUAUACAGAAAUGGAAAUGCGAAAUCGUCAGGUAAAUCAUGCUAGAAAUUUGUGGGAUCGUGCUGUUACUAUAUUACCAAGAGCAAAUCAAUUUUGGUAUAAAUAUACUUAUAUGGAAGAAAUGUUAGAAAAUAUUGCAGGAGCACGUCAAGUAUUUGAAAGAUGGAUGGAAUGGGAACCUGAUGAACAAGCAUGGCAAACUUAUAUUAAAUUUGAAUUAAGAUAUAAAGAAAUACAAAGAGCUAGACAAAUUUACGAACGAUUUGUAAUGGUUCAUCCCGAAGUUAAGCAUUGGAUAAAAUAUGCUCGAUUUGAAGAAUCUCAUGGUUUUAUUAAUGGUGCUCGCAAUGUUUAUGAACGUGCUAUUGAUUUUUAUGGUGACGAAAAUUUAGAUGAAAGAUUAUUUAUUGCAUUUGCAAAGUUUGAAGAAGGGCAAAGAGAACAUGAUCGAGCUAGAGUAAUUUAUAAAUAUGCAUUAGAUCAUAUCCCAAAAGAAAAAACACAAGAAAUUUAUAAAGCAUAUACAAUACAUGAAAAGAAAUAUGGAGAUCGUUCAGGUAUUGAAGAUGUAAUAGUAAGUAAACGAAAAUAUCAGUAUGAGCAAGAAGUAAAAGAAAAUCCUUCUAAUUAUGAUGCCUGGUUUGAUUAUUUGAGAUUAGUAGAAUCCGAAGGAAAUAUAGAUAUUAUUAGAGAAACUUAUGAACGUGCAGUAGCUAAUGUACCUCCAACUAAAGAAAAACAAUUUUGGAGAAGAUACAUUUAUCUUUGGAUAAAUUAUGCUCUUUUUGAAGAACUUGAUACUGAAGAUAUAGAAAGAUGUAGACAAGUCUAUAGAGCUUGUUUAGAAUUAAUUCCUCACAAACAUUUUACUUUUUCUAAAAUUUGGUUAUAUUAUGCUAAUUUUGAAAUAAGACAAAAAAAUUUAAUAGCAGCUAGAAAAACAUUAGGUAUGGCAUUAGGUAUUUGUCCCAGAGAUAAAUUAUAUCGUGGAUAUAUUGAUUUAGAAAUACAAUUGAGAGAAUUUGAUAGAUGUAGAAUUUUAUAUGAAAAAUUUCUUGAAUUUGGACCAGAGAAUUGCACUACAUGGAUGAAAUUUGCAGAAUUAGAAACACUCUUAGGUGAUGUGGAACGAGCACGAGCUAUUUACGAAUUAGCUAUAUCACAAUCAAGAUUGGAUAUGCCAGAACUUCUAUGGAAAUCAUAUAUUGAUUUUGAAAUAUCACAAGAUGAAACAGAAAAUGCAAGACAAUUAUUUGAAAGAUUAUUAGAACGUACACUUCAUGUUAAAGUAUGGAUAGCAUAUGCUAAAUUUGAAUUAGCAAAUUCAACAAGUGAGGAUGAUUUUGAUAAUGUUGUAUUGGCAAGAAGAAUCUUUGAACGUGGAAAUGAUGCUCUUAGACAGAAUGGUGAUAAAGAAAGCAGAGCAUUACUUUUAGAAGCAUGGAGAGAUUUUGAAAAUGAAAAAGGAGAUGAUGAAACUCGAGCUAAAAUUAUGGAAAAAAUGCCUCGACGAAUUAAACGUAGAAGACGUAUCGUUGGAGAAGAUGGAAGCGAUGAUGGUUGGGAAGAAGUAUUUGAUUUCGUAUUUCCAGAAGACGAAUCACAGAGACCUAAUCUUAAAUUUUUGGCAUCUGCUAAGGCUUGGAUAAAAAAUAAAGAAAUUAGUGAAAAAAAUGAAAAUAAUCAAUUAGAUUCUAAUAGUUAAAA